GCAGAGCGAAUCGCACCAAAUUCACUGAACCAGCAGUUUAAGACUGGACUUAUACAAAAUAACUACGACUCGUUCCUCUCCUUUGCGGAUCAAAGAUCUACUAAUAUUAUUAACAUGGGACACUUCAUUUGGCUGACGACUGCUGUGGUGAUUUUUACUUGCAAUGCGAUUGCUCAAGAAUUUGCUAUCUCCUACAAAGUAAACUUAAUAGAAGUUAGUGGCCUUUCGAAUAAUGAGACAAUAAACCUACUGGACGACGAAUGCGGUGAAGGGUCGUACCAGGGUGAAAAUGGAGUUUGUGAGCUUUGCAAAGAUUACUUGUUUUUUUGCCGAGAAAGCAAAGAGUGCUGCAAAGUUGAUUAUUUAAAAUGCGACGAUAUUUUCUUAAUAUGCAGAUGUCAAGAUGGAAUGGUAUGGGACAUCUUCCAGGAGGCCUGCGUAAUGGAACCUACAUGGCCGACAAUUAUUGAAGAAGCGGUUGCAUGGUGGAUUUUAGCCAUCGUAUUGCCCGUUGGUGUACUUCUGAUUGUGCUUAGCAUCGGUGGCGUCAUCAUUUUCGUUGUUUUAAGAAAGCGAAGGAGAAGUAAGAUCGCGAAUGCUGGCAGAGUUAUAGGACCAGCGAAUACGACAAUUCCCUUGCCAUCGGCUCCGAUGGGUGACAACGUCUGGAGCCAGACGAGCCCAUAUAUAAACUACACGCAGCCGCAAACAAAUGUCGCACCUCCACAGUCAACUGCAACAAAUCUGCUUUAUCCUAACCUCGCGCAAAAUAAUGAAGUCACGGAUCACAACAUUUCGGGGAAUAAUUUUCCUCCACCAUAUGAUGCCGUCGUCAAAAUUAAAUAAAGUAAUAGACUUAUUACAUUUUCUCGCGUCUGCGUCUGUUUUCAUAAGAAAUUAAGUUUGAUUCAUAAUUAUAAUAAAAAACCUAGUUAAUCCAUAAUUUGUACAACAAAUUAUUUUGUUCUUAACUACUCAAUUAAUUUAAAUAAAGAAACUGAAUUAUCGUUGAUAUAUAAUAUGAUAUGCUGACGAUUGCAAUUGUGGUAUAAACCAGCGAUUUUCCAUAAGGACUGGGCUGUAUAAUUAUUUAAUACCCAAACAUUCUUUUUGUCUAAAUAAAAAUAAAUGAUGUUAAC